GCUAAGCAGAUAGGUCUGCGAUCGCUAUUUGUUUAAAUACAAAUACGAGUGACUCUCACAGCGGUAUCAUAUUUCCACUUUGCAUGUCUUUCUGAAAAUCGGCAAAUGAAACUGUUCCUGUUUGUAUUGAUUCUCGCGGCGACUAAUUUGAAGAGUAAAUUCGCAAUGGGGUCCCUUUUCUGCAAACAGAGGUUGGAAGAAAAUAUGAAGCUCCUGACUCAUCAUUGGAUUUUUAUGAUUACAUUUUGUGUCCUGAACUUGAUGUUUUCCGUUUUGACAUGUCUUGCAAAUCUCAUCGUUAUCAGCGCUCUGAGAAAGGCAUCGUCAGUACCUUCGAAUCUGAAGAUAUUGUUCCUGAGUCUUGCUGUGGCUGAUUUCGCUGUUGGAAUGUGCCCUCAGCUGAUGUUUGGAGUUAUUGUUGCAGUGAUGUUGCACAAAAACGCAAAUGGAGACCAGCCCUUUGACUUGUGUUCAACCAGCUUUAUUUUGCUCUAUUUCUUCUUAUUUCUGUUGGCGUCCGCCUCGUUCUUGACCAUUCUAGCCAUCGCUGUGGAUAGAUAUCUAGCAGUUUCUCUUCAUCUCCGAUAUCAGGAACUCGUCACUACUAACCGAAUUGUGUUAGCGUUGAUAUCUUUAUGGGUAACAAGCGUUGUCACCGCUGCACUAUUCGUGUCUCUUCCAAACAACAAUCAUUUGGUGGUUGUGAUUGUCGAAGCCGUUGGAUUUCCUGUGACAACCAUAGCAUACAUCCGAAUCUACAAGGCCGUAAGAUAUCAUCAGAACAGAAUAAAUAGCCAAAUGAGAGAGGGUGGUCAUCGCUUGAAAGUAUUUAUCCGUGAGCAGAGGGCAGCUAUCAAUUCUUUGUUUUUCUAUGUUAUUUUCCUGGCUUGUUACACCCCACAUUUAUGCGGCACGAUUUUGUUAUUAACUGACAGUACUUCAAUAUCCUAUUUAGUAGCCAAUCAUGCAACUUUGUUCUUGGUUAUUCUAAAUUCUGCGUUAAACCCGCUGGUUUACUGCUGGCGAUAUAGACAAAUUCGCGUUUACGCGAUAAACACGAUAAGGAAACUCUUAAUCUCGCGUGACUCUGAAUAAUUUCUAUCCAUGCCAGAAUUGAAACGUAUAGCAUAUUUUAAUAAUCACAAAGGAGGGUCAAAAUUCCCUUUCGGUGCCCUCGGCUUGUUUUGUAAAAUAUCGCUCAUUCAAGAAGUAGCACAUUUGAAGAAAAGAUUAAGCAUUAGUAUCGUUUAAUUCUCCUUCACAUAUUUCGCACUAGGGAGUAUGUUAAUAGUCAGUUUUGAUUAGUGGACUAAACGACUCUUAAGAAAAAUAUUACAAAUAAGUCCUUAUGACGUUGAGCGUUACUAUGGUGAUAUUGUAUUUCCAGAGCAGCUGAUAUGAAUCCUAUGAGGACACAAAAUCCAUCAUAAAAUGUUGUUGAAUUAGCUUUGACAAGCACGUUUGUACCUUUUUUAAAACGAUUCUUUGUAUUAUUCCUUUUAUCGUUACUUCACAACUUUGGUAUUACAAAUACAACAUACUCAGAUAUAAAGCUAAUGUCGCACCACUUUUCAUAAUUUGUCUGUAAAAAUACU